UUCAAUGGCGGGAACAAACAACACCACAGCCGAGGCCGCGACGCCUGCCGCCUCAUCCCCGACGGCCGAAGAGCUCCUUGCGAACGACCGUGCGGUGAUUGACUUUGCGAGCGGCGAUGAGGACGACGAAGUAGAGCAGGACGAAGAGGAUGAGGCUGAAGAAGGCGGCGAACGACCAGCCAAACGCCAGCGUCAAGAGCCCCCCGCAAACGGCACGUCCAAACAAGUGGAGGUGCCGCGCAAAGCAACGUUCACCCGCGCGGACAAGAUCAACAAGACCAUCAUGAAAGUCACAGGGAACGACGACAGUGGAUUUUCCAUGUUCAACACGUCGUCGUCGUACCCCAUGAUGAUGGUGUACAAGAAAGAAAUUGCCGCGUCGCGCAAGCUUCUGACGGCCAAGAAACCCCAAGAUGCGUUUUGUAUCGCCAUGGCGGCGUAUUUGAGUAUGCAGGAUUACGACGUGUGGUACCACGACACGGAAGACCCUCGUGGCGUGGAACUAUUGUUCACGGCGUACUACAAGCUGUGGAACGACAUCUUCAAGUCGGACGAUGCCACGAUAGGACUCAAAGGGCGCCAAGUAUUGAUCAACGUGCUAAGCAAGUUUGGCAAUGACGUCAUGGACGACCACGAGUACAACUUCCCAUGGUUUACCAAGGCAUAGUUUUGUGUUUGUUUAUAUUCAUCCAUUUCCCAAUGCUAAACAUGACGUUAUAAAUAUAUAAAUAUACUGUAUAAAUAUACUGUAUGCACGUGCCCACUAUCGUUAGUGCCAGGUUGAUAUAUAUAUCUCCUAUUCGAGUAUGCGUGUUCAAUCUUACAUCAUCUUCAUGGAGCUCGAACGAUGUCUUGAUGGACUUUCAAAUGUCAACCCCAUUAUCAUGGCAAGUCUAUAUUGUUUCACGCUGUCAACUUUGUACUUGAUGCUUGGUCACUCAAUGUACUGAUCCAUAGAUUACUCAAUUAUUCAAAACCCAAUAUGCAGAUAUGUAUCAGGCCACGCUUUAAAUCACCACAGCAGAAAUGAAAGUAGCGUUGGCUUGAGAGGCUCCCUUGUAGGUCUUUAGGAAGCACACGCCAUUACGAUGCCUAUCCUGCCAGGAGAAAGCUAGCCUUGGCUCCAUCCACAGUCUCGUUGGUCUUCAUGGCGGACUUGAGAGUGCAAGUGCCACCGAACCACACAAACAGGUUGCACCCAGACGUCGCUUGGCAGUCUCCACAGCACGCAUCGGCGGAGGUCUGACUCGUGUAACCGAUGUUGUGGCCGACGUAAUUCACGUUCAACUCCAUGGGUGCGCAGGCGCUGGAAGUAG